AUGGCUGACACUGCUGACGCGCCCGCGGCCGUCAACGGCGGCUCUCUGCUCGACAGCACCAAGACUGGCGCCGCCGCUGCCUUCGACUCCGUGACCAACGGCCCCGUUGCACAGAACGUCAAGGACCACUCUGCAAAGGCCUCGGCCGAGCUCUCCAACCUGGCCGCUUCUCGCAAGACGCCCACCAACCCGGCUGCCACCGGCCAGCCUCUGACGCACUACCACUCCUUUUUCUCGGAGUUGCUGUCGUGGAAGAACCCUCGUGCCUCUGCUAUUGCCUACGCCUCCAUCGUCUCCCUCAUCUUCGCCGCCCGAUACCUCGAUGUCAUCCGCUGGGCGUUCAAGCUGUCGUGGAUGGCGCUCGCCGUCACCGUCAGCGCCGAGGCUGCCGGUAAGCUCGUUCUCAGCCACGGACUGGCCACGCAGAUGCGUCCCCGCCGCUACUACACCGUCUCGCGAGCGACCCUCGAUAGCAUGAUUGGCGACGUCCACGAGCUCGUCAACUUUUUUGUCAUUGAGGGCCAGCGCAUCCUCUUCGCCGAGAACCUCGGUGCUUCUGCUGCUGCCUGCGUCGCCGCCUUCAUCUCCUACUACUUGGUCAAGCUCGUGCCCUACUGGGGCCUGGCUGUUAUCGGCACCACCGUCGCCUUCUUCGUUCCCCUCAUCUACACCACCAACCAGGAGCUCAUCGACCACCACCUCAAGAACGCUUCGGAUGCGAUCGGCGCCCAGACCGCUCAGGUCCGCAGCGUCGCCCAGAAGCAGGCCGACCACCUCGCCACCGUGGGCAAGCAGUAUGCGGGCGACUACACCGGCAAGGUUCAGGAGAUGCUGCGUGGCCGUAGCGCCUCGCCCACUGCCCCUACCAAGGCCGCGCCCGUGCCCGCCGCCAAGCAGCCCGUGUUCCCCGUCCCCCCGACCGAGGAGCCCAAGAAGCAGACGAUCCCCGAGCCUGAGCCGGUGGUGCCCGCGGCCGCGCCCGUGUCGGAGCCGCUCGGCGAGGUUCCCGCGGACCCUGUUGCCGCCGCCGAGAAGGAGCCCCUUGUGGCUCUCUAG